GUGACAGUGCAGGCGCAGGUUGUGAUGAACGUCUCCGGCUCGAAGUAUUGGGAAGAUGGCGAAGGCCUCGAGGCCGCCCUGAAGGCGCUCGACGGCAAAGCGCAGCAGGCUGUCUCAAAGCACGAUGAUCCGAACUCUGCCUUGGAAGAGGCACCCUGCACUCCAAAGCGCCGGGGUCCGCGCAGCUUGAUGCAGGUGGAGGUGCUUAACAGUCGCCACGACGAUGCAGUUCCUGCACCGGUGUCUGCCAGCAACGAAGUCGAAAAGGUGGCGGCGUCGGCUGUUCCGGAUGAGGGUAUGCCAGAUGCCCCUGAGGUCCAUGCAGAGGCGGAGGCCGCGGCGGCUGUGCCCGACGAGGGUAUGCCGGAUGCGCCUGAGGUCCAUGCGGAGGAGGCAGCGGCGGCUGUUCCAGAUGAAGGCGUCCCAGAUGCCCCUGAAAACCAUGCAGAGGCCCUGGCGGCUGUGCCGGAUGAUGGCGUUCCAGAUGCCCCUGAGGUCCACGCAGAGGCGGAGGCCGCGGCGGCUGUGCCCGACGAGGGUAUGCCGGAUGCGCCUGAGGUCCAUGCAGAGGAGGCAGCGGCGGCUGUGCCAGAUGAAGGCGUUCCACAUGCCCCUGAGGUCCAUGCAGAGGCAGAGGCGGCGGCGGCUGUGCCCGACGAGGGUAUGCCGGAUGCGCCUGAGGUCCAUGCAGAGGAGGCAGCAGCGGCUGUGCCAGAUGAAGGCGUUCCACAUGCCCCUGAGGUCCAUGCAGAGGUGGAGGCGUCGGCUGUUCCGGAUGAGGGUAUGCCAGAUGCCACUGAGGUCCAUGCAGAGGCGGGGGCGGCGGCAGCUGCUGUGCCAGAUGAAGGCGUGCGGGAUACCCCCGAGGUCCCUGCAGAGGUGCGGGAACCCUCGACCUGA